CGCUGCCGCCUCCGUUGUUGUUGUGGUCGCUUCGCCGAAGUCUGCGGCUCAAAGAGCCGGCUCCGUCGAUUCCCGCCGCCAUGAAGUGGAUGUUUAAGGAGGACCACUCGCUGGAACACAGAUGCAUGGAAUCUGCGAAGAUCAGAGCGAAAUACCCCGACCGGGUUCCGGUGAUCGUGGAAAAAGUCUCCGGCUCUCAGAUUGUUGACAUUGACAAGAGGAAGUACUUGGUCCCAUCUGACAUCACUGUGGUUCAGUUCAUGUGGAUCAUCAGGAAAAGGAUCCAGCUUCCUUCUGAGAAGGCCAUCUUCUUGUUUGUGGACAAGACAGUCCCACAGUCCAGCCUAACUAUGGGACAGCUUUACGAGAAGGAAAAAGAUGAAGACGGAUUCUUGUCUGUGGCCUACAGCGGAGAGAACACUUUUGGCUUCUGAGACCUUGCUGGGCUAGGUGCACCCUUCCUGCCUGUGUAUCUUGUAAAUAACUGGCUGUUCUCAGUUACUCCGCCGGAGCCUCCACACAGACCUACUAGUGCAUUUGUAACUGGAUUUAUUUCUUAAUAUAUUGGAAGGUUUUGUUUCCUUAGAUUAGUAAAUUAUCAUACAGAGUUUUA